AGAUCUAAAGCAAUCAUGACGUCGGUAUGAACAUAAAUCGCCCAACUUAAAUGAGAUUCGCCCUGACGGAGCUUUGAGUUAACUCUUUCCUGAUGAACUCCGGCGAGCUCUUUUGCAUGAAGCCGACGUGGCCGUGAGGAUGUCCGUGAGCCGUGCAUCUUCCUCUCGGAAUUCCUCUCCUCCUCUGGAAAGUCCUGCCCAACUCCACAUAGCUUCCUCCGGUGAGCUCUUGCUCAGCCACGGCCGAGGCGACCGGGAUGAAAGUCCCAAGGCAUAUGCUUGACGUUCAUGUGACAUGGAGAAUGAGAGGCUGUGCCGGACUAUGUAUGUUGGUUGUCCUCUGCACCUCUUUCUUCUAGUGAAUCCCCGGCGAGUCCUGUUCAUGCCCGGCGAGGUGGCUGAGAUGGUGUCCGAGGCAUAGGCCCGUGCAUGUGCCUCUGGGGCUACGGCGCGCAAGUCACGAGGCUGAAUCCUCAAGUGUUCAAUGGGACGAACCAGAGUUUAUGGAGACGGGAGAGGAGGCACAGUGGUCCAAGUCAAUAAUCAACCGUUGCCACGGCAACUCACGGCUUGAAGAGGCUCGACAGAUGCAUGAUUAGUUCUUGUUCCAAGAUAUUUGCCUUGUCAAGCCAAUUCAGGGAUGUAAGUCUGUUGGCAAAGACGCUCCUUCUGGAAGCCUGCCCGAUGAACAACUUGAGGCUGAGUGCAGAGAGGUGCUGCGUGUCUCUUAUCUGAUUCCAGGCCACCCGGUGCCUGACCAUGGAUUGAUUGAAACACGCGUGGGUGAUGUCACGAUGUGCAUACUGAGUUUUGCAGUUUGCGAUUUUAAGAGGUGUGCUAGAGAUGCUCUAACGGGCCCUAUAGACAGACUAUCCACUUUGAAAACUCGGCCCACCGAAACACUUAAGCCAGCCCAGGUGGAUAUAACCACUCUCGCUGUGGUACUCAACUCCAUUCUGGGUCCUCGCCACAUUUUCCGCAUCAUAACCCUAGGCGGCUGGCGGCUGGCGACUGGUGACUGGGCACAAUCGAAGGAGCGGCUGGAAGUGGCUAAUUGAAGAUGGCAAAUGUUCUGCUAUCUGGUCUCCGUGGAGCAAAACAGCUGGGGCAGAACUUCAGAUCUGCAUGCAGGUCUCUUUCAUCAGGACAAUUGGUCGAGCCCGGCUAUGUCUUCGGUCGUAAAUGUUUUGGGCCAGAUUACGGGGUUACCACCUCUGUUGGUCAAUAUGGACUGCCCAAGUCUGUGGACUGGAGAAAAGUCCCAUGGCUUAAAAUCCCAGUGAAAGAUCAGCGUGGCUGUGGUAACUGCUAUAUUCAGGCAUCUCUUGUUGGUAUUGGGAGUCUUCAUUCCAUCAUAACUGGAAUAAACGUCGAACUUUCUAGCCAGCAUGUUCUUGAUGCGAAUACUAUAACUAAUUCUGGAUGCAUGGGAGGCACAAUACCAAAGGUCUUCGACUUUGUCAUGAGGGGUGGAGUAGUCCUAGAAUCUGCUUAUCCAUAUACUGGGAAGAGGGGCUUUUGCCAGGAUAUUAAGGCUAAAGGUCUUACUAUUGAGGGUUGGGCACAAGUCGCUCCAGCAGAAGAAGCUCUCAUGUAUGCUGUGGCCCAUCAGCCAGUUGCCGUUGGAGUAGCUGCUGGGAUAGAGUUUGAAAAUUAUCAAUAUGGCGUUAUGAAUGUCCCAGUAGACCAUGGAAUUUUAAAUCAUGCAAUGUUAUUGAUUGGAUAUAAUGCCACUUCUUGGCUACUUCUGAAUUCAUGGAGUGAGGCAUGGGGCAUUAAAGGUGCUUGUCGGAUCCUGAGGAAAUCGCCAAAUUCUGAUGGAUCUAUUGGAAUUUUAUCUAGGGCCUAUCUUCCCCUAAAUCCAUCUUUCACAACUGUCAGAACGAGAACAGAAAGUUGCCCUUGUUAUUGGUCCAGGACGGUGAGAAAUCUCCUUGAACGAAUGGUGCCAAGACAGAUAACAGAGCACUUUUUGCCGAAGUUUAUGGCCGUGGAUAAGUGCUGGAUUACUGUUAGUUACCUUUAUGCAUGAUUGUGGAUUGGACCACUAGUAUUUCAUACGAUGUGCUAGGAGCUCUCGUAAUUCGACAUUUGUUUCAAGUUGGAGUCUGGUUUGGCCUGUGUUGGCACAUUUUGGCAAAGUUGGACUUUGGUUUGGCCUAUGUAGACUGAGUUUUUGCUGCUUGGUAUGUGGUGCAGUGUAUGAUCCUUCGUGAUCAGGUUGUAAUAUUCUGGGAGUCGAUCCUUGCUAGUAGUUUGUUUAUGAUCUGGACCAUGUGGUUUCUAUAAUGGAAUUCUAAAGGCUUCUCUUUCAUUAAAGUAAAAAGAAAUGUGGUUUCUAUAA